AUGACAGGCCAUAGCUUCACCGCCGAGUCGGACCUCGCGAGCCACCGAUACUUCGAACACUCGUCUGCGAAACGCGUCGACACUGACACUGUGCUUGUCGAAGCUUUACGUUCACAGUAUCCCCAGCUUGAGCUGAUCGUCUCGCCGUUCGGUCGCCUGAACCUCCUCGCCUAUGCCUCUGCUGGCUUCGCAACUGCCACGCCACUCGAAGAUAGCAUCAAAGAUCCAGUGUACAGUGUCAGCCUAAAAUGGCGCUUAUAUAUACCUGCUGGAAGGAGGCUCGACAACAGCGGUGGCUUCAUGGCCGAGACCCUCACCUUUGGCAAGUUCAUGUACAAGUGGAAGGACCAGGAGGUCAUAUUGUAUAUCGCUGAAGGUAGGGACGGCUCUGGAUACUACCCAGUCGUCAAGAACCACUAUAUCCUCACGAGCAAUGCGCACAAAGUAGAUGAGCUGAUUCGAGAUGCUACAAACUGGGGCCAGGAGCUGCACAACGAGGUUUGGGUAUUUGAUCAAGGUUGGUGGCAGAAGAGCGCUCAGCUGUACGACUCCGUACAGAAAGCGAGUUGGGACGACGUGAUUCUUGAUGAAGAUAUGAAGAAGGCUCUCCAGACUGACGUUGAGGGCUUCUUUGACAGUCGCGAGACGUACCAAAAGCUGAAGGUCCCUUGGAAGCGAGGUAUCAUCUACUACGGCCCACCCGGCAACGGCAAAACCAUCAGUAUCAAAGCCAUGAUGCACAGCCUCUACCAGCGCGGAGCAAACGGAGAUUCCAGGAUGUCUGUACCGACAUUGUAUGUGCGGACGCUGUCUUCAUAUAUGGGCCCGGAGUACUCGCUUGCCCAAAUUUUCGGCAAGGCACGUCAAGAAGCUCCGUGCUACCUUGUAUUCGAAGAUCUCGACUCCAUCGUCAGCGACAAUGUGCGAUCCUAUUUCCUCAACGAAGUCGAUGGUCUCAAGUCCAACGACGGCAUUCUCAUGGUCGGUUCUACGAACCACCUCGACAGACUUGACCCCGGUAUCUCCAAGCGUCCCAGCCGCUUCGACCGCAAGUACUACUUCCCGAACCCUGACUACGCCCAACGAGUCCAGUACUGCAAGUUCUGGCAGGGCAAGCUUGCAGACAACAAGGACCUCGACUUUCCUAACAGACUUUGCGAAAAGAUCGCAGAGAUCACUGACAAAUUCUCCUUCGCGUACAUGCAGGAAGCUUUCAUCGCCUCUCUACUCGCCAUCGCAUCCCGUGGCGGCAAGGACAAGAACGAGGCGGAAAAGAACGCGCGUCGUUGGGCAGGCCCUGAAGAUCCCAUGCACCCUGUUGACCUGCAGUUCCGCGUAGUUGGCGGCGGCAGCGAAGACCCGGAUGUCAAGCAUCUGAAGCUCUGGAUUGAGAUCCAGAAGCAAGUCAAGAUUCUGAGGGAUGAGAUGGAAGAGAAGAAGCUAUCUGAGCGAAUGGAGACGAUGUUCCCGUCGCGACCAGCCAUGAAUAUUAUCACAACAAGCGAUUUUCAACACACCCUGUAA